AUGUGUGACACUGCCUUGAAAAGACUAGCCAAAAUUUACAUUUCACAUUCAAAAUGUAUAUAUCAAAACUUGGCUUUCGAAGAAUUUCUCUUUCGGAAGCAUGAUCUUACUAAAGAAGGCGAUGCUAUGAUUGUUUGGAGCAACAAACCCGCAGUUGUCAUUGGACGGCAUCAAAAUCCAUGGGUUGAAGUUAAUGUUCCUUAUGUUCGCGAACAAGGCAUUGAUUUGGUACGCAGGCAUAGUGGAGGAGGAACAGUUUAUCACGACCUGGGCAAUUUGAACAUAUCAAUACUCACAUCGCACAGCGAUCACUGUCGUCCACGAAACUUGUCUUUCAUAUCUGAUAGUUUAAACAAGCAGUAUGAAGUCAAUAUUGUACCAAACAAAAGAGAUGAUAUGGAGCUUUUACCAGGAAACAGAAAGUGUUCGGGGACAGCUGCACGUAUAUCACAAGGGAAAGCUUAUCACCAUUUGACACUCCUAAUUCAAGCUGACUUAGAGAGGCUCAAACGAGCUUUACAUUCUCCUUAUAAAAAUUUUAUUGAAUCGAAUGCAACGCAAAGUGUUAGAGCACCCGCAGUAGGAUUUUUGAAGCAAGAUGAUGAGAAUGUGAACGUGGAAAAUGUGAGGAGCACGAUAAUUCAGGCUUUCAAGGAAAAAUUCGAGCUCUGUACUGUACAAGAUGUAGACAUCGAAUCUGAAAUGAUGGAACAUGAAGAUAUUGUUCGCAACUACCAAGUCCUGAGAGAAUGGAAAUGGGUUUUUGGAAAUACGCCAAAAUUCGUGUACAACAAUAAGAUAUCAUCCAAAACUAUAGAGAAAGGCUUAGAAGUUGGGUCAGGAGAACGUUUCACUCUUUUCUAG